GUGUGGCUGCAUUUGAACCACCGUGGCAUGGCGUUGACAGAGCGCAAGGGGCGCACACCAAGCACAAGCGUCACUGCGCCCACAACAAGCGCGCCGGCGGCAGCGCCGACGUCCGGUGCAUGGACCGUUGUGCUUCUCGCCACGGUGCUUGCCCUCGGCGCGGCCCUCUUGCUCGCUCCUCACGACCAGCACCCUAUGCUGUUUCCGACGCGGCUCCUCACGGCGCACAACCAAACAUGGAAGACCGUUGUCGUCUACGACAAUGGCAAGUCUGUCGGCGGCGUGCGCCUGUCGCUCGAUCCAUCCCACGUAUCGUCUGGCGCGGCGCUGGCAGCGUACCUCUCGGAGCACAUCUACGUCGAUGGCAUUCGGCUCGUGGGCGAGCCGGAGCCCGUCCGCAUUCUGGCCGACCGCGUCUUCACCGGCACAGGUCGCCUUGUGACGUCGUUUGAUGACUUUCAAGACGGCGACCGCUUGUACACCGUCGCGCCGGGUCUUCUCUUUGUGUGGCCGUUUGUCAAGCUAGGGCACCGCGUGCACAUUCGUGCCGAGAUGAGCCCGACGAAGCGCGACAUGAUCCUCGAGUCAUGGAGCGAGAGCCCACGGGUGUUUCACGUGCACGACUUUUUCACGACCGACGAAGCCGAUGCGCUCAUCGCGCGCAUCUUGACGAUUGACGGCGAGUACGACAAGCUGCAGCAGUCGCACGUCGGGCACAAGAGCCGCGCCAAGGUCGUCUCGAGCCACCGCACGUCCGAGAAUGCCUUCGACCAAGUGUCGCCGACGGCGCUAGCGAUGCGGAAGCGAUCCUUCGACUUGCUUCGCAUUCCAAAGUACCAAGACGACAUGUGCGACGGCCUCCAGCUGCUGCGGUACCAGCAAAAGCAAGCGUACAUUGCACACACCGACUACUUUGCGGCGGGCACAAGCGACGACUGGAACUGGAACCCGCAGCAUGGCGGCUCGAACCGGUUUGCCACCGUCUUCUUGUACCUCUCCAACGUGACGAGCGGGGGCCAGACCGUCUUCCCGCUCGCCGAUAUGCCGGAAGGCCACACGCACCCGCCGUUGCAUCCCGACGCGCUCUCACUCUUUGCCAAAGAGAGCUGGGAGGCUGAUAUGGUCCAGAGCUGCAGUUCACGGCUAGCCUCGUACCCGAUGAAGACGCAUGCAAUUCUAUUCUACAGUCAAAAGCCCAACGGGGAGCUCGACCCACGCUCGCUUCAUGGCGGGUGCCCCGUCCUCGACGGCACCAAGUGGGCCGCGAACCUCUGGGUCUGGAACAAACGGCGGUAUGGGCUCGAUGACACGCGCGCCGACACGAUCAAGGUCGUGUUCGUCAACCCGACCGACGGCCCCGUGGACCUCUAUUGGUCGGACACGAAGCUCGCGACCAUCAAGGCGCACGGGCAGCAGCCCUUCUCGUCGUUCCACGGCCACCGCUGGGCGAUGAAGGAUGCUUCUGGCAACGUUCUGCAUUCGACCGAGCUCGACAAGGCUCUCGGCGAUGCCCAGACGAUUACGAUUCCAGCGUAG